AUGGGAAUUGAUGAAGGCAAGCAGCUAACCGAGUCUUCGUUUCCUAGGGGAAAUAAUGAUGCAGAAGUUGGAGGUAUUCUUGUUGAAGGUGACCACGAUCUUGGUAGAUUAGGUUACAAGCAGGAGCUUCGACGUAAUCGCUCAUUGAUCACACUACUUUUUCAGACAUUGGCAAUCGCUGCCAUUCCCUAUGGCGAGGGAGGCCCUCUAUCCAGCGCCAUUUACGGUGGUGGCCAGCUAUCUGUCUUCGUCGGUUGGAUCGUUGUUCUUGUCCUGGAUGAGUGCAUUGCACUUUCAUUGAGAGUUCGCAUCCCGACGGUCCUCUCGUUUAUCAACGGGUGGGUUUGGCUCAUUGGCAACUGGACUAUUACACUCUCCGUGAAUUUCGGCUUUGCUUCGCUUAUAUCGGCCACUGUCUCGAUGUACCACCCUAACUGGAGUGCUAGCGACUGGCAACUCUUGUUGAUAUUUUAUGCUAUCUGCCUGGGUUCGCUGAUCAUCUGCACCUUCGCCAACCGCUACCUACCACAAGUCGAUAUUAUCUGUGCAACAUGGACGGCCCUCUCUAUUGUCGUUAUCCUGGUUGCACUAUCAGUCAAGGCGGAUGUAGGCAGGCAUAGUGCGGCCUAUGCACUAGGUCAUUACGAUAAAAGCCUUUCUGGGUGGGGUGGCUUUACUUUCUUCAUCGGGCUUCUGCCGCCUGCAUAUUGUUUCUCUGCAAUCGGCAUGAUCUCAUCCAUGGCAGAAGAAUGCGAAAACCCCGCUAUCAAGGUUCCCCAGGCAAUCAGUCUAUGUGUGCCAGUUGGGGGGUUUGCAGGCCUUUUCUUCAUACUGCCGAUAUGCUUUACUUUGCCGCCACUUGGUGAUAUCCUCUCUGCCCCCAGUAGCCAGGCCAUUCCUUAUAUUUUCCACAGGGUCAUGGGAAGUCCUGGUGGUGGCCUAGGUCUCACAUUCCUUGUCCUUAUGAUUACUCUCUUCUGUUCGAUAAGCAUUACCGUGGCAGCAUCCCGUGCCACCUGGGCAUUUGCGCGGGACCGUGCAAUUCCGCUGUCGAGGAUUUGGUCUCGUGUCAAUGAGCACCUGGGGGUACCUGUUUGGUCCUUGGUGCUUGUGACGGUCGUCCAGAUGCUUCUGGGGCUCAUCAACCUGGGGAGCAGCAGUGCCUUCCAGGCUUUCGUCUCUGUGGGUGUCAUCGCUUUGGCUGCGGCCUACGCUAUCCCCAUAACUAUUAGCCUGCUUCAUGGCCGUCAAGAAGUUUCCAGGGCAAGGUUUAACUGUGGGCCUCUAUUUGGCUUUGUUGUUAAUAUAAUUUCGGUAUGCUGGAUCUUAUUUGAGCUCGUGCUCUUCAGCAUGCCAAGUGCACGUCCUGUUACUGCGGUAUCUAUGAACUACGCUUCGGUCGUAUUUGCUGGUUUUAUGGCUAUCUCCGGUGUGUGGUACGCUAUAUAUGCGCGAAUCUCAUAUAAGGGCCCCCCUGAAUCCGAUGGGCUCUGAUGGGGUAUUGAGUGGGCCAGUUAGGGGUAACAUAGCCACGGUUGACUUUUGCAGUCGCGAGGGAUACCAAUUUUUCUCUAUCCGGUGUCGAUUUUCGCGGUCCUUUAUUGUAAGCAUUCUAUUGGGCCUCUAAUAUCCAUCUACUUUAUUGAAACGGCAUCAGACAUAUGGGUGUCGUCAUGUUUCUGGGUACGCAUAGCCAGUUUUGGUCGCUUUCCCUGACUUAAGACAAGCCAAUUUAGGCGUGUAUCGGUAUGGAUGGGCGGGGAAGUGAGUAGCGAUGGGCAAGCGAGUCCUACUACUAUCUUCAUUCUUUUUGGUGUUGGUAAAAAUAAAAACAACCAAAAAUAAAAAAGCUUUGACAAGGGUGGGAUUCGAACCCACGCCCCUUUCGAGAUGCGGACCUUAACCGCA